AACUGAAGUUAAAGAGGACAAUGCUCAGUGAAUAUUCCGGCAGCCCUUUGUGUGCAGUAGUGACAUGGUUUUUGCAAUGGCAUCGGAGACGGAAAAGGCCCAUGCUCUUCUCCAGACCUUCAGCACAGCUUCAGUUAUUUCUAGCCUGUGUUUGGGAAUAUUCUGCUUUGUAGUGGACAGACUCUUGCAGUUUUCCUUCAUCCAGCAAAGUGACUGGCUGCGAGCCUUCGCUGACAAUGCAGUGCAUGGUGUGCUAGGGAUGUGGUCCUGGGCAAUCGUCAUUGGACUCAGGAAGAAAAGCGACUUCACUGAGGUGGCCCUGGCUGGCUUCCUCUCCUCCGUCAUUGAUGUGGAUCACUUCGUUCUCGCUGGCUCCCUAUCCUUAAAGGCUGCCCUGACUCUUCCACAGAGACCCCUUCUUCACUGUUCUACUGUGAUUCCUGUUGUGGCUCUGACAUUAAAGUUUAUCAUGCACCUUUUCAGGCUUAAGGACUCAUGGUGCUUUCUUCCCUGGAUGUUGUUUAUAUCUUGGACUUCUCAUCAUGUCCGUGAUGGGAUUCGUCACGGCCUCUGGAUCUGUCCUCUUGGGAAAACUCCGCCUUUGCCAUACUGGCUGUAUGUGGCAAUUACAGCAUCUUUACCUCAUCUAUGUUCCUUUAUUAUGUACUUAACAGGCACUAGAGAAUUAAUGUCUAUAAAACACGGAAUCCACAUUGAUGUAUAAGGAUGAUGGAUCUUAGAAAUUGUUUGCAUUCCAACUUAAGCUCUCUGUUUAUCACUGGAAAGUKUUCCUUAUGCCUAACUUCUAAGCCGGGAUCCUAAGGUUAUGGAGUUAAAGCUGCAAUGUCAACUCCUUGUGGUCUGGAAACACAUUUCACCAUGGUAAUAAUGUCUGUCUGCACUUUCCCCUGUAAAAUGUGAGAUCUUCCAUUAAAAUUUCCACUUGGCUGGGCUGUUAUAAAGCACUCAGUCUCUAUGUAGUGCUGAAAAUUCUUAAAUUCUAUUUCUAUUGUCAUGGUGCUGUUCAUUUGAUCACCACUCACUCUGAACUUGUGCUCUGCCCUUGAAAACACAGUUCAUCCCUGUAACUGGUUAACAUUUAUAUAGCCUUUGAAAAAAGUAAAGUACUGCAUAAAUGCUAAGGAUUAGUUGGAAUUUAUUACAGUAUUUCACUUCUGAGAAUCAUCAGUUAGACUUAGUAACUUGUUUUCAUGCUGGAUUCCUCUAUUCAACUAUUUUUAAAAAUGCUAUUUAUAUUUCACAGUGUACAACUGUAUAUUUGCACCUGUUUGAGCACUGCUGUAAUACAGUGUUUAUAUUGAAUUCAGUACCUCCAUAGCUGCUUGAUACUCACCUUGCAGACUGUUAUUAGCUGUUAUUUAUGGUGAGAAAGAAGAAGAUUUUGAUUACAGCACUGUGAGAGUUGACCAAUGUGUUUAAAAAUCUACUGAUUUUGAAUAUUUAAUUUGUAACUAAGGUUUAUAGCUUAAAUAUUUAAGGAUAAUGUGUAAAGGCAAACCUGUACAGUAAGAUACAAGCUUUAGSGAAGAUUCAAAUAAGAUCCAAGAAAAUUCAAAUUGCCCAAAAUACAAGAUGGUUUUAGGCCUUUCCUACGGUAUUCAUCUUAUAUGCAGCAUUUUCCAUUAAGUGCAAUAUUGUCCUCAUUACCACAAAAUAAAAUCCAUUUUUAUUAUAGUGAGAUAGAAAUUUCCUUUUAAAUUAAGCUCCUUAAAAAUGUGGUGAUUUUGCAGCUUCAUAAAACAGUAGCAUUUGCACUGUGGGCUCUUCAGAAUCACAGUUGUACAGAAGUUCCUCAGAAAAAGUUUCAAACUAAAAAGUAAAUUCCUGUCUACCUGGCAGUGUGUGAGCUGAGGAGUGUCUAAUGGCUGUUUUAUUGAUCUUUUAUUAAUUGAACUUCAUUGCACCAUUAAGGUCAUGGGACCUAGAUAAUUCCUGAGAGUGCAGUGAGAAGCUGACAGAAAUGGAGUGUUUUUGAAGAGGACCACGUAUAAUCUGGAAGUGUAGAAACUAGGUGUCACUUUCACAUUUAGCAUUACCUAAGUUAUGCUGUAUUUAUAUUAGUAAAUAUAUAUUAGUCUAGAAAUGUUGCAGCACUUAAAAUUGUGCCUUCCCUCAAAAAAAAUGCUCUCGCUGCCCUGCGAGAGGUUUUUUUUAUAUAUAUGUUUUUCACAUAUAACUGGAGGCUUAUGGAAGCUCUUCUGAAAGUACAGUGGACCAUUAAUUCUAAAAUGAGYGUCUGCUUUUUUUCUUGAAAAUUGGGGAAGCAGAACAUUCCUUAAAGAAUUAUUCCUCAGCCCUAGUUCUCUUUUUUACAGCACAUAAUGGUUUCCAUAAACAGUAUCACAAAUGCCUUGCUUUAGCACCCUCAAUGGGAGCUGGAUACCUGCCUGUUGCCCGAAAACCUGAUGGGUUAAUGGAGGAGUAGUGCCRCUUGCUCAUCUAUUUUUAAUGUUAUUUUAAAAUCUAGGCUGCCGAAUGCUGGUAAGGAGUAUCUUUGGGGAAGAAGUGAGCACUUAAAUCCAUGCAGAAAUUUUUCUGUAUUCUUGCUCUACGGUAAAAUAUUUGUGUAAUUUUGUGC